UAGAGUGAAAACAAUGCUGUCCAUACGAGAAAAAUUCAAAGCUGGAAAUUCACUCACUUGUCUACUUCAUGCACUGAUUGGUCGAGUCACAACCGUGGAACUACGCAAUGAAAGCUUCGCCAAGGGGCGAAUCGUUAACGUGGACGGAUUCAUGAAUGUUCAGAUGAGCAACGUUUGCUUCAUGCACCAAAAUGGCAAGAACUCUGAAUUGGAUCAUUUCUUUGUACAGGGACAGCAGAUCCGAUAUGUACAGAUCCCAGAUGAUGUGAAUAUUGUGAGUGCGAUGCAGCAUGAAGUAGCUAUGAUGGGCUUUGCGGAACGUGAUCAAGGAAGAGGAAGAGGUCGUGGGAGAGGUCGCGGAAGGGGAAGAGGUCAGGAGAGACGCACUUACAAGCCAGCAACGAAAAGAACUGAGCAGUCCUGAUAUUCAGUGGAUUAUAAAUUUAUAAAUCAUGUGUACUAACUUUCUUCUUCCGUUUUUGUACAAAAUUUAAAAAAGUUAAUUGAACAGGAUCCUUAAAGGCACUGGACACGUUUGGUAAAUG